AUGGAAACGCCGCUCCCAAAGACCCUGCAGAAGAGGCAAGUGGCCGCCAUUAUUAUUCUAUUACUGUGGUGGGAGGCGGGCAGUGCAACCAUUAAGUACUCCGUUCCAGAAGAGACAGACAGCGGGUCAUUUGUGGCCAAUUUAGCGAAGGAUCUGGGGCUGGGCUUAGGGGAGCUGGCCGCGCGGGGCGCCCGAGUUCUUUCCAAAGGCAGCACACAGCAUUUGCAGCUCCAGCAGAAGAGUGGAAAUUUGCUCCUAAAAGAAAAAAUGGACCGGGAGGAGUUGUGCGGUGACACGGAUCCAUGUAUACUGCAUUUCCAGGUGUUACUGAAAAAUCCGGUGCAGUUUUUUCAAGGUGAACUACAGCUCAGAGACAUAAAUGACCAUGCCCCAGAAUUCUUGGAAAGCGAAAUCCUUCUGAAAAUCUCAGAAAACAGCCGUCCAGGAACUGUAUUUCCCUUGAAAAUAGCUCAGGAUUUGGACGUAGGCAGCAACACAGUUCAGAACUACACUAUCGGCCCCAAUUCCCAUUUCCACCUCUUCACGCGUACUCACAGCGAUGGCAGAAAGUACCCAGAGUUGGUGCUGGACAAAGCGCUGGACCGUGAGGAGCGGCCUGAGCUCAGGUUAACCCUCACGGCGCUGGAUGGUGGGUCACCACCUAGGACUGGGACGUCCCAGGUUGUCAUCCUGGUCUUGGAUAUCAAUGACAAUGCCCCUGAAUUUACUAGGCCGCUCUACGAGGUGCAGGUCCCAGAAAAUAGCCCCAUAGGCUCCCUUGUUAUUACUGUCACCGCUAGAGAUAUGGAUGUUGGAACCAAUGGGGAGCUCUCCUACUCAUUUUUCCAUCCUUCGAAUCAAGUCAUUCAGUCCUUUGAAAUAAACGAAGUCAUGGGAGAAAUUCGAUUGAAAAAAUUUUUGGAUUUUGAGGAAAUUCAAUCUUACCGUAUGGAAAUUGAGGCCUCAGAUGGCGGGGGCCUUUCAGGAAAAUGCACGGUGGCCAUAGAAGUGCUGGAUGUGAACGACAAUGCCCCCGAACUGACCAUGUCAUUACUCAUCAGUGAUAUCCCAGAAAACUCCCCCGAGACUGUGGUCGCUAUUUUCGGAAUUUCAGAUCCAGACUCCGGAGAUAAUGGGAAAAUGAUGUGUUCCAUCCAGGAUCAUCUUCCCUUCCUUCUGAAGCCAACCGUAGAUAAUUUCUACACUCUGGUAACAGAGAAGACACUGGACAGAGAGAGUACAGAGGAAUACAACAUCACCAUCACGGUCACAGACUUGGGUACCCCCAGACUGAAAACCGAACACAAAAUAACUGUGCUGGUCUCAGACGUCAAUGAUAACGCUCCCACCUUCGCCAAAACCUCUUACUCUUUGUUCAUCCGCGAGAACAACAGCCCAGCCCUGUACAUAGGCGGCGUCAGCGCCACAGACAGAGACUCAGGCACCAACGCUCAAGUCACCUACUCGCUGCUGCCGCCUCAGGACCCGCACCUCCCCAUCGCCUCCCUGGUCUCCAUCAACGCAGACAAUGGGCACCUGUUCGCUCUGAGGUCGCUGGAUUACGAGGCCCUGCGAGCGUUCGAGUUCCGCGUGGGUGCGGUCGACGCAGGUUCCCCGGCGCUGAGCAGCGAGGCGCUGGUGCGCGUGGUGGUCGUGGACGAAAACGACAACUCGCCCUUCGUGCUGUACCCGCUGCAGAACGGCUCUGCGCCCUGCACCGAGCUGGUGCCCAGGGCGGCCGAAGCGGGCUACCUGGUGACCAAGGUGGUGGCGGUGGACGGCGACUCCGGCCAGAACGCCUGGCUGUCCUACCAGCUGCUCAAGGCCACAGAGCCCGGGCUGUUCAGCGUGUGGGCGCACAAUGGCGAGGUGCGCACCGCCAGGCUGAUAAACGAGCGCGAUUCUGCCAAACACAGACUUGUUGUGCUGGUUAAGGACAAUGGCGAGCCUCCAAUGUCGGCCUCCGUCACGCUGCACCUGCUCCUGGUGGACGGCUUCUCGCAGCCUUAUCUGCCUCUCCCGGAGGUGGCCCCGGAUGAGGCCCAAGCCAACUCACUCACUGUGUACUUGGUCAUUGCGUUGGCAUCGGUCUCGUCACUCUUCCUGUUCUCUAUGCUCCUGUUUGUCGCCGUGCGGUUGUGCAAGAAGAACAGGGAUGCCUCAAUGGUCCGCUGCUCUGUGCCAGAAAGCCACUUUUCUGGUCACUUGGUGGAUGUCAGUGGCACUGGGACGCUGUCCCAGAGCUACCAGUAUGAGGUUUGUCUGACAGGAGGUUCUGGGACCAGCGAGUUCAAGUUUCUUAAACCUAUACUCCCAAACUUUUUGGUCAAAGAGACUGGUAGGGAUACCGAGGAAAACCCCAACUUUAGGAAUCAUUUUGGGUUAAAUUAG